AUGGGUAGAAAGGGGAAAAUGCCUUGGAUCGAGCUUGAUGGAGAUGCUUAUUGCGAUUCUACUUUUAUAAUUGAACAUCUGACAAAAAAAUUCAAUGUAUCUAUUGACCGUAGCCUUAGCGAGCAGCAAAAAGCAGUGGCUCGAGUUAUCCAGAAAACGAUUGAAGAGAAUACAAUCUGGGCUGCAAUCAUCUAUAAUCGUUGGAUUCAAGAUACCGAUUAUUUCCGUCAGAUGAUGAAGCUCUCCUGGUUUGUUGGCCGGAUAUUAAAGAUGGCUGUUGUACCUGCAAUUAAGAAAAGCAUGUACGGCCAUGGAAUUGGUAGGCAUUCCGCAGAAGAGAUUCAGCACAUAGCUAGAGGUGACAUUAAAGCGCUCUCGGAUCUGCUUAAGGACAAGCAGUUUUUUUUUGGUGAUAAACCGACUACAAUCGAUGCUUGUGUGUUUGCUUUUCUUGCCAAUGUUCUUCAUGGUUUGCGUAAAGAUAGUUGGCCGGCUGAAAUGGUAAGGAACGAAUUUCCUAAUCUUGCAACUUACUUUGAACGCAUAAAAGAGAAUGUUUGGCCAGACUGGGAUGAAAUCGUUAGUAAAGCUGGCUCGAAAAAAUAA